AUGUCAGAAUACAAAGCUGUCUCUAGUAGAUUAAGCUUUAGAGGCGAAAAGAGCUCCAGUCGCUCAUUGCAUUUAAUACUUUGGCGUAUAGGUUGGGUUUUUGCAACCUCAGUGGAAGAUCUAGUCGGGCCCAUAUUUAUAAUAUUUAAUAACGAAACCCUAGCAUGUCUACAAUCUUCUGAUAAUGAUAGUUCCAUAACUGUUCAUAAUAUUUCUCCCACCGAACAAUUGUCAACCGUUGAGCCUGACGAAGUUAACUGCGUUUUUGUUGGAGCCCGCGUCGUGGGUUCCAACGAGCGCAUUACACUAAAAACUUACAAGAACAAAUAUAUAUCUACCGACAAAUUUGGCGUCAUAACGGCUGAACAUGAAGCCAUUGGCCCACAAGAAGAGUGGUUGCCCAUAGUACGGGACGAUGGUAUUGCAUUCCAAAGUAUAUACGACAAAUUCUUGAGUAUUGACGAGAUUGCGGGUGGCGGAUACAAAAUUCGGGCGGAUGUAGAGACUAUUGGAUUUUGCGAGACGUUUAGAGUCAAAUGCCAGGCGAGGUUUAGGAAGAAACAAAAAGUCACGAAAAAAGAGGAUAGAGCAGUCUCUGAGGUUGAGGUUGAGCAGAUCAAAAAGUAUCAGACUUGGGGCGGUGGUAGGAUAAGAACAUCUGAAGAGGAUGUGAAUAAGCUGAGGAGGGCAAAGAAAGAAGGAAAAUUUAGUGAAGCACUGCUUGAUCGUCGAGAGAAAGUCAAGGCGGACCGAUAUUGUAAAUAG